CAAAAGAACAGUGUCCGUGUUGUGUUGUUCGAGAGAGAGCCUGCAGUGUCCGUCCGUCCAUCGUUUUACCCGUACGUUCGUCCCGCGUGUUCCGUGCGGUCGCGCGCGUGUGUCUGUGCGUUUGUUGGUUGUUUUACUUAAGCAAGUUCUCAUCUUCCUUACCAAUUGUUUGGAUCACAAUUUCCAACAGUGUUUUAAGAACACAGGGCGUCGACCCAACAACGCAGCCUAAGGCGCAAAUAUGGACGUAAAAUGAAAAUUCGCUAUUUCAAAUAUCCGGGCAAAGCAACUCUUCUGGUGGACGGCCUGCCCUCGGCGUUGAAGCAAUUAGAGUUGGACGACGAGCCGGUCGGAGGAGAACCGGAAGCAAUGAACUCGUACGAAGCCAGCUGGCAGGAGUGUCGUCUUAAGUGGUGUCUGCGGCCACAGAGCAAAGACCGGCGGCGGCCGUGGGAGACGACGGCCGCGGACGACGAUAACGACGAGGACGAAGACGAGUACGUCGGUGGCGGUAGCCUGGGCGAUGGCGCAAUGGGCCGCAGAAACCCGUCGGAAAAGCGACAGGCUUGCAGCAGCGACACCAGCAACAGUAGCCAAGAAGAACAACAGCAGGACGCGCUACAGACGCCGUCGUCGAGACGUCCGCGGGCCAAACCACUGAGUCGGGUGCAGAGCGUCCGGCACGACACCACCGCCCAUCGGUACAGGACUCGGCAACGAGUGGCGGCCGAGAUGUUGGACGAGCAGCGCGCGGCCGCCGCCGCCAGGGACCUGUGUCGUUCGUCCGCCGCUAAGAUCAAGAAAAGCUUGUCGUUCAGAAAUCCGGCGCCCAAGAAAGUGGCCACAGGCGGCGAUCGGUUUCGGUGCGCGGCCGCCGUAGACGACAACGGCAACGAUCAACGUAACGACCAACAUCAUCACCACCGAUUGGCGUGUACCGCGCCGGCCACCACCGUAGCGGUCGCCCCGAACGGCGCGGACGCCGGCAACGGCCAGCAGCAACAAGACAAUUUCGCCAUUCCUAGGCCCAAACUCAUAGUUCCUGUACACACGUAUGGUCUCAGAAAACGCAGGACGGGCAACACGAUCUCAUCGAACAGGACGGCUAGCGACGCCAACACCGCUUCAGCGUCUUCCACAGCCAGCAGUUGCGGCGGCAGUUCGGCCGAAUUAAAAAAGCACCACAAUUCCUGUCCAGAGGGACGAGUAGAAGUGAGCAGAGAAAACAAGUACUUGAGCACUUUGGCUCCGGGAAAAGUUUUCGGUGAACUGGCCAUUUUAUACAACUGUAAACGCACUGCAACCAUAAAAGCCGCCACCGACUGCAAGCUAUGGGCCAUCGAGCGGCAAUGUUUCCAAACGAUCAUGAUGAGGACCGGUCUCAUCAGGCAAACCGAAUACACGGACUUCCUCAAGAGCGUGCCCAUAUUCAAAGACUUACCCGAGGAGACGCUCAUAAAAAUAUCCGACGUUUUGGAAGAGACUUUCUACAAAGCCGGCGACUACAUCAUAAGACAGGGAGCGCGAGGAGACACUUUCUUUAUUAUCAACAAAGGAAAGGUCAAAGUUACCAUCAAACAAUCGAACAGCAUCGAAGAAAAAUAUAUCCGUACCCUGCAAAAGGGUGACUUCUUUGGCGAGAAAGCUCUGCAAGGAGAGGACUUGCGAACGGCUAACAUAAUAGCGUGCGACCCCGAAGGAGUAUCUUGUUUGGUCAUCGACCGGGAAACAUUUAACCAGUUGAUAUCCGGACUAGACGAGAUUCGAACCAGAUACAAGGAUGACGACGUUUUGGAACGAAUGAGCACUACAAACAAAGAAUUCGAAAACCUCGAAUUGUCGGACCUUCAAGUGUUGGCCACUUUAGGCGUUGGAGGUUUUGGCCGAGUGGAACUCGUCCAGGUCAACAACGACACAACUCGGUCAUUCGCUCUGAAACAAAUGAAAAAGAGUCAGAUCGUCGAGACGAGACAACAACAGCACAUCAUGUCCGAAAAAGAAAUUAUGGGUGAGGCUAAUUGUGACUUUAUUGUCAAGUUGUACAAGACGUUCAAAGAUCAAAAGUAUUUGUACAUGCUCAUGGAAUCGUGUCUUGGAGGAGAAUUGUGGACCAUAUUGAGAGACAAAGGACAUUUUGAUGAUUCCACCACGCGUUUCUAUACCGGUUGUGUGGUCGAAGCGUUCGAUUACUUGCAUUCUCGCAACAUCAUUUACCGCGAUCUGAAACCAGAAAAUCUUCUUUUAGACAUCAGCGGUUAUGUGAAACUGGUAGAUUUCGGUUUCGCCAAAAAGCUUCAGAACGGGAGAAAGACUUGGACUUUUUGCGGUACACCCGAGUACGUAGCACCGGAAGUGAUUCUUAACAGGGGUCAUGACAUAAGUGCCGAUUACUGGUCUUUAGGAGUACUUAUGUUUGAACUACUUACCGGUACACCGCCAUUUACCGGAGCCGAUCCUAUGAAAACUUAUAAUAUUAUAUUAAAAGGAAUAGACGCUAUCGAAUUCCCAAGAAACAUUACUAGAAACGCUAGAGUUUUAAUUAAAAAAUUGUGCAGAGAUAACCCAGCUGAACGACUCACUGAAGUACAAAAACACAAGUGGUUUGAUGGCUUCAACUGGGAAGGACUUCGAAAUCGAACUCUCACCCCACCAAUCUUGCCAAAGGUGCGCAGUGCUAUAGACACCAGCAAUUUUGACAAUUACCCGCCAGACGCAGACUGUCCACCGCCGGAUGAUAACACAGGCUGGGAUAUAGAUUUCUGAUUUUCUUCGUUUUUUUUUUUAUACAUAAUAAUAAUUACCUGCCCCCAUCAACGAUUUUACUCUUUAAACACUACUACAAAUACGAAUUACAAAUGUUUUAGUUUUUAUUUAUAUAUUCUAUAUGUAUGCCUUAUCAAACACAUUGUUAACCUAUAAUUAGUAAUAUUUAAAAAUUGUUUGCUACCAUCCAAAAUAAAAAUACGUGUUAGAUUUUAUAAUAAGGUGUAUCAUUUCGACUAUUUUGUUAGUAAUACCAAUCAUCAUACCGUUAGUUUUUAAUGUUAAUAAAGAAUGCAACUGUUAUGUUAUUAUCAAAUUAAUAGAUAUUUGAAAUAUCUAUCAAAACGAAUUUAUGAACAGCAACAGCAGGUGCCUUUAAUUUUGUAAACAUUAUAUGCAUAGCAGCUAUACAUUUAUUAUUUAAUAUUUAAUAAUAUAUAUUAUACUUGUGUCUGUAUUUUAUUUAUUUUCUAGUUAUGAUUGUACAACUUAUAUAAUUUUCCAAUUAAGUAAAAGAUAAUGUUGAUUUUAUUUUUGUAUAGUUUGAUUAUUGAUAUAUGUGUUUUAGUAUGUAUAGUUAUUAAUUUUUUGUAUGGAAAAGAUGUCCCAGUUAUAAAAAAAGUAUAUUUGUCGAUGUUGUAAUA